CUUUAAUCCCAUGAUCAUUGAGAAGGGCGAAUCCCGCAGGUGAAGUAAACGAGGAGAGAGAAGUAUCUACUACACCCCCCUCCAUCUGUCAGCCCCUCCAUAAGCUCCUCUUCAGGGUGAGAAAGAGAAUCACAGGCAUAAAAAGGAGGGCCCAAAAGAAAAAAAAAAGAUAAAAAGAAACCUACAAAACUACCGCAGAGGGGCCUCAUCUGUGACUCUGAGUGUGUGUUGUGUGUGAAAUGUCAAAUCUCUUACAUAUGUAUAUACAUAUUCUAAAUAAUAACAAUAAUAUCCUAUGUGCUAUGCCUUUUCUAUUUUGUUCUUGAUUUCACGGUCAGAGAAGGGUCUCUGUUCAAGCCAGUACAGUUUACUGCUGCUGGUUCCGGAGAGAGAAUAGGGAAUAAUGGUCUUGAAUUUCAAGUGACUCUGAUUACGUUUGUGUGUAAACUGUGAUGGAAGACGACAUAUUUUCCGGCAUUGCUAAUGGUGCGCAGAUUGAGGGCAAAGUUCUACAGACGUUCCAGAAAAACUUCGUGCAGGUGCAAAGCAUUUUGGAUCAGAACAGGCUGCUAAUCAACGAGAUAAACCAGAACCAUGAGUCGAAGAUCCCGGAUAAUCUGACACGAAACGUGGGACUAAUUCGGGAGCUCAACAACAACAUCAGAAGGGUGGUUGAUCUCUAUGCUGAUCUCUCCAACUCUUUCACCAAAUCCAUGGAGGCAUCUUCGGAAGGUGAAUCAGCCGGGACGACAAAAUCUGAUGGAAGAGGCGGACAAAAGAGAAUUAGAUCCGGUAAUUGAUUACAGUCGGAGGUAUCUAAUCCUUGCUUAUACCUUGGAUAGUGUUAAAAUCUCAGUUUCUUGUGAAACUUUUCUUAACCUUAACCUUCAAAACGAGCAUUUUCUUUAGCCAGACAAUAAUAGUUCAUACAUUUCAUUACCUUUGUAGUUCUAUGUAAACUUUCUUGUUGCUGCAAUUGAAAUAUCUUCAUGAAAUCAACUGCCCAUAUGUUGUAAAGAUUGUAUCAUGGUUUCUAUGGCAAAAUUUCACAAUCUUUUCUUCCUCUUUCCA